GUGUAUAUAUAUAGAGACGUGGGAGAGUGCCAGUGAGUGCCAGACUGAGUGACAGACAGGCAGGAUGGUGCUCUACUCCAGCUUCCUCCUCGCUAUCGUCUACUGCACUCUGGCCAAGAGUGCCAGAGGCCAGGACUGCGUCUGGGACAGAGAUGAGGACUUCCCCGUCAAUCCUCCCAUCCUCUUUGACGAGGCCUUCGAAAUAGUCCGGCCGGUCCUAGAGGGCAGCUACAGGAUGGUUAGGGUGUCGGCGGGCAGCCGGGUGACGGUGGCGUGCCCCGGAACACUGGUCACCAACCUUGGGGUGUCGUCUGUGACGGCCGCUUGUGCUGGCGGGGUGCUCCUCGCUGUAGACGAGACGGAGUGGGAGUUGGCGGAGUUGGGCUGCACGGACAAGGUGUCCGAGUCCAUCCAGCGAGACCUGGGCAGCUGUGGCUCCGGAAACGUCGGAGUCGUCCACGCCAUCGGCUUCGAGGUCGACGCAGCGGCAAGUUUCUACGAGCUGAUUCGCGUGUGCUUCGAACCCCAGUCCGAGACGACGUUGUACUCGCAAAACGUGAUUCAUGGCGCCAACAUCGCCGCCAAGGACGUCGAAGCCAGCCGGCCCUCCUUCAAGUCUUCCUCUGGGUUCUUCAGCGUAUCCAUGAGUUCUGUCUACGCCCAGAGCACACAGCUGGACCUCAUGACGAACCUUCUUGGAGACGCUGAUUUGGCCAACGAAGUCAUUGAUGUCAGCAAGCAGUUCUACUUUGCCAAGGGCCACAUGGCACCCGACGCUGACUUCGUGACCGUGGCAGAGCAGGAUGCCACUUACUACUUUAUCAAUGCUCUCCCUCAGUGGCAGGCCUUCAACAAUGGCAACUGGAAGUACCUGGAGUACGCGACCCGUGACCUGGCCACGAAACACAACAGUGAUUUAACUAUCUACAGCGGAGGAUGGGGAGUCCUGGAGCUAGACGAUAUCAACAACAACCCCGUUGAGAUCUAUCUGGGUCUCUCUGAGGAUAAGAAGGUCGUCCCCGCUCCAGCUAUCACCUGGAAGGUGGUGCACGACGAAGGGAGGCAAAGAGCAGCUGCUGUGGUAGGAGUUAAUAAUCCCCACCUGACCAGGGCCCCGGCGAAGAUCUGCAGCGACCUCUGCGACAGCCUCGGCUGGAUAGACUUCGACGUCAACGACUUGGUGUCCGGCUUCACCUACUGCUGCUCCGUCGACGAUCUGCGUCAGGCUGUACCCCACGUCCCGGACCUUGGCCCCGUCGCUCUCCUCACUGACUAAGAGUCUUGCUAACUUAGUAGGCAUCCAUCAGUCUCAGGAGACUAUGAAGUUGCGCUCUGGUUGUCGGUCUGGAGUGGCGUCUCAGUCAGUCUGUCAGUGCUAACUUAUUAUAUAAUUAUUGUAGAGUUAUUAUAUAUAUAUAUAACUAUAAAAUAACUAUAUAAUAAUUAUAUAAUAUGCAGGUAAAUCACUUUAACGUGAUGUAUCUAAGAACAAAUCUACUGAAGCCCUGAUGAGAGUUCGUAGUACAGUGGUCUAGAGAGCGUUUGGGAACACUCAACACAUAGGUUCGAACCCUCAUUAAGGCUCCUGUGGAUUUGUUCAAAUAUAUUAAUGAUAAUGAAGCCCCGAUUACUCAGAGCGUUUCGAAGUCAAAUAUUUGUUAUAAUUAAGCCUUAUAGUUGAAUUUCAAACUUAUUUCUUACUGUCAGAUGAAAAGACCUUUGUGUGGUUUAUUUUAAAUGUAAUAGUUACCUUAGAUCACGAAUAAUUUGUAUUGUAUCUGAGAAUUAUACAUAAUUGCAUUUUAAUUACAAAAGCAACAGGUCAUCAGACCCAAACUAGGCAGUUUGUGUUGUCAUAGGCUUUUCAUAAACAAUAAAUGACGUAGAUUUGAAGAUUAGUACUUGUGAAUUCUAUUGUUAAAUGGAAUUACUCGGAGUAAUAUAAUUUGCUAAGUUGUCCACUUGUUUACUCUUGGAAUAAUUGAAAACGUUU